AGACCCUCCUGAGGGGCUCCAGCCCCUCCCAGGGUAUUCCAGCCCCUUCCCAGGGACUCCAGCCCCUUCUGGGAGGCUCCUCUCCCUCCCAGGGGGCUCCCACAGAGCUGUCACUCCUCGUAUCCCCUUUUUUUGGGGGAGAACCCAGCUCUGGAUUCCGGGAUCCCUCAGGGAUCCCUCACCUCACACGGCAACGGGAAUGAGCUGCCGGCAUUUCCAGCGGGGGAUCAGGAGCCGGGAUUUUUAUCCCCUCCCCUUUUUCCCCUCCCUGGGACAUCUGGGCGAGCUGGGAGUUGUGUAUUUUGGCAGCAGAGCCCGUCUAGUAACAGGAGACAAACUGUGUUGGGCUUGUUUUGUCUGUCUGACGGCCCCGCCGAGCUCCUUCCCGGGGAUCCCAGGCAGGACUGGGAUUAGAUGGGAAAAGGGGACCAUCCCUAGGGAUGGGCAGGAUCCUCUCUCCGGAGAAAUCCCUGCGGCUGACGCCGCUUUCCUUGUGUUCCACAGUUGGCAGGAGGGAGAAAAUGAAAGCAGGCUGCAGCAUUGUGGAUAAACCUGAAGGAGGAGGAGGGUAUCAUUUCCCGGAGUGGGCUUAUAAAACCGAGUCCAGCCCGGGCUCCAGGCAGAUCCAGCUGUGGCACUUCAUCCUGGAGCUGCUCCAGAAGGAGGAAUUCCGCCACGUCAUCGCCUGGCAGCAGGGAGAGUACGGCGAGUUCGUCAUCAAGGACCCCGACGAGGUGGCCCGGCUGUGGGGGAGGAGGAAGUGCAAACCCCAGAUGAACUAUGACAAGCUCAGCAGGGCCCUCAGAUAUUACUACAACAAGAGGAUCCUCCACAAGACAAAGGGCAAGAGGUUCACCUACAAGUUCAACUUCAACAAGCUGGUGAUGCCCAACUACCCUUUCAUCAACAUCCGGCCCAACGGUGUGGUCCCCCAGAGCGCUCCCCCCGUCCCCACGGCCUCGUCCCGCUUCCACUUCCCUCCGCUGGACGCCCACUCCCCCACCGAGGAUUCCCAGCCUGGGGGCCGCUUCCCCGGCGGUUCCCUCGGCCCGGGAUCCACCCCGGAGGCUCUGGCGGGCGACGGCGGCGGCGGCGACAGGAAGCCGGAGCUGCCGGAGCUGCUGGAAGAUUCCUCCUCGGAUUGGCGCCGGGGGGGCGUGGAUCUGCUGGCCCCCCACGGCGGGCCCGGCGGCGGCGGGAGCGUCGCCCACCCCAAGCGCAAGCCCGACAUCGUCCUGCCGCUGUUCCCCCGGCCCGGGAUGUUCCCGGACCCCCACAGCCCCUUCGCCGUGUCGCCGCUGCCGGGCCGCGGGGGGGUCCUCAACGUGCCCAUCUCGCCGGCGCUGUCGCUGACGCCCACCCUGUUCUCCUACAGCCCCUCGCCGGGGCUCAGCCCCUUCACCGGCAGCAGCUGCUUCUCCUUCAACCCCGAGGAGAUGAAACACUACCUGCAUUCCCAGGCCUGCUCCGUGUUCAACUACCACCUGAGCCCGCGGACUUUCCCCCGCUACCCGCUGGUGGUGCCGCCGCUGCAGUGCCAGGUGCCCCUGGAGGAGCAGCCCCAGUUCCCCAUCAAGCUCCAGCCGCCUCCCGCCGGCCGGAAAAACAGGGAGAGGCUGGAAAGCGCCGAGGAAGCGGCUCAGCUCAGGGUGAAGGUGGAGCCCGCCGGGGACAGGGAGCCCGAGGAGGCCAAGGGCAAGGACGGGGCAGAGAGGAGGGAAGAAGGUUCCGGAGCAGAGGAAGGCAAGGGGGGGCCGGUGUUCGCCCGCCCGGCCGCCCCGUCCUGGCUCCCGGCGCCCGCCCAGCCCGGCUCGUCCUCCUCGGAAGAGCCCCCGCCGGAGCAGCAGCAGCAGCACCCAGGGGAGAGCGGCGUGGAGAAACCCCCCCGGGAUCCCUGCGGAGAGGCGGGAGCUCAGGAGAAGAGGGAGGACGCCCUGAUGCCCCCCAAGCUGCGCCUGAAGCGCCGCUGGAACGGGGACAGGCAGGCGGAGCCGCCCGAGGAGAACGGCGGCAGCGGCCUCUGGAACGGCCCCAACGCCGCCGCCGCCGUCCCCAAGGCCGUGGCCACCGCCUCCGACACCUAAUCCCGGGGGCCGGGAGAGCAUCCAGGGAUUUAUGUAGCAGAGGUUGCAGAGCGCGGGGAGGGGAGCGGGGAG